CGUUAUGAUUGUACUACCAUACAGAGAAUUUCGUAAUGAGACAUCAACAACUACCGGCAGUUCUUUGUCGCGUCAUCUCUUUGUAGUGACACUGUUCUCGAUUAAUUGGCACUGGCUGACAGCAGAUUCAGCAGUGAGGUUCGUUCUUGACACAGUUUAUCAUCGACUGGACAAAUCAAUCAAGAGGACGUCGAUAGUGACGUCUACAGUAGUAGAAAAGAAGCCUUCGUCAUUCUCAGAUGUUCAAACGGGCGAAUCUCGUAGUCUGUCCACUUGAAGUCAGCCAUAUGCUGCUUAUGCUCCCCUUUAACGCAACACGGCAUAGUUGUAUGGAUUGUUGUUUGUGGAGCUUUCCUGCAACAGGUUUGACUGACCAUGUCGGAAUUUUUAGUCACGCCGUUCAAAAAGCACAAAGCAGAUCAUCCAUCGAGCAAGUUUUAGUUGCUUUUUACUUUUUUAAAAUAUCUCUCUCUCUCUCUCUCUCUCUUAAAAUCUGUCGUCGAUAAUUGAUGCAGGUAUUCAGCUCCAAAAACUGUCGAUUCGCUCCGUUCAGCAAGCAGAUGAGAUACCUAUUGCUUCUGUAAAUUCUCUAUUCAACUCUUAGGAAGAGAAUAAUAGAGUCUAAGGUGGAUACAAAGAGAAAAAAGAGUCCAACGUAGAUCGAGCGCUUGUUCCAUAGCGCAUCACAGUCAUGGCAUCCUCGGUAGUCAGCUUAGAGCUCCCGCUGCCAAGUGUUUCUUGCAUCUUCGCUACCGUUAGCAAAAAUUCCGAAAUGAUUCCUUUCUCUGCGAACCGUUUAGAAAGAGAGGGAUUGUUUUCGCACGAUAGGUUUUCUAAUAAACUUGAGAGUGCGGACGCAUCUAGUAAGGGAUCGUUGACAAGCUCGAAUGCCGAUUGAAACGCCUGAACGGAGCUUGCCUGGACAGCCAUAUCAAUUUGGGCACGAGUCUCGGAUAAUCUUUCCAUUUGCUCCUUGCUAGGGUGACACAGGAGUGCAUCACGGGUGUCUCCGUCACUUUUUGGAAUGCCAUCAGCGGCUCCCGCAGGUUUCGUCAAGAGAAGAGUAGACGAUGAAGCGCUGCAUACUCCGACGACCAGGAAGUCCCGCCGAGAAAAUUCAUUCCUAUUGCCUUCUUGCCUCGUACUACUAAGUUUGCGAGCAAGCUUAGCCGAUGCGUGAUUGUCAACAACACUUAAUGCUCGAGACUGCAGUACAACUAGUACUGAAAAUAUGAUGAAGGUUGUUAGCAACUUUUCCCCGUGUUUCGGUAAGAUGGCAACCAUCAUUCUCGCUCCGCCGGGCACUAUUUUUAGAAUAAUUAUUUUCAAGUUUGAACGAUGAGUUUGGUGACCAGGUAGAGUAAAAUUAAAAAUAAGGAUGAACAACGAAGUUCUACGUACUGAAGUACUAGGUACAACGGGACAGGUAGGAGUGACCAGUAAUCCUACUAAUAGAUCGUCACCACACGAUUUUAGAAAAAUACGUUACUGUGGUACGUACUCGUAAUUUCUUCGCGUGCUCGAUUUACAAUAUUGCCUUAUUGUAAAAAGCUGUAUUGAGGUAACGGUAAGAAAAAAUUGUGACCGUUAUUGUUCCGACUGGCCCAUACAGUAGACUCUCUACGUAUGCGAUCAGUACAGCUUUCUUCUCAGUUAUCAACAAAAACUUUACCUGAUCUUAGAAAAACUGUGCUUCUAUCCUGAUCGGAGGAGAGGUUAUUUUCAUGUCGAAAUCCAUUAUCUGCCAUGAGAUCAAUGUAACAUUGGCUUUGAUGACAACAAACAUCCCUUUAUAAUGCUUUAUCGAUUAGUGAUCCCUAGCGACCUCUCGGACUUCCUCGUCAUUGCCCUUGCAGCCACCUCCUCCCUGUUGGCUAUGAUGAGCAUUGCCCUCUCACCAUGGAUAAUAUAUGCUACUAGAUCAUCGGACCAAGAAUCCUUCCUUAAACCUUCGUGCUCAAAACAGCCUGCAAUUCCAAAAAACUCCUUAGAUACUGGAAACCGUGAAGAUAGAGUUCUCUGUGCUGGUCAAGUUGACGAUGGCAAUAAAAUCGAAUCCAAUGAAACCAUAAGCUGUGUCGAACGAAAAAUUCACCAGAUCCCCAUGCCUCGUGAUGCAAUUUACAAGGAAGAAGAACUAAGACUGCCAACAUCGCUUUUUCGAACUACUUCUAGUACCUCCAACAAAACUGACCGAUCUAUAUCCCCUGUCCCCACUACUGUCUCAGCAACAGAAGCUCCCCAUGUUGUAACCCCGAAACCAUACCCACUUGCUACUAAUGUUAUUUUCCGCGAGGCCACGCUGAGCAUUGAAACAAGUCGAAAGCUCAAGAGAAAGGUUUCUCACGACAUUUCUUAUUGUCCAGAGAGUGAUGAUGGAUGUAUCAAUCGCAAGGGCUCGUCGAGUGAUUUGCAACCAAAGAGAAAAAAGUUGGAAUCGCCGACGUCCAAUAAGUCUUUGAAGCUGAAAUCGCUACGAUCCAAAAAGUCUUCGAAGCUGAAAUCACCUAGAUCGAACAAGAAGAAGGUUCUUUCUGAUCGACGCUUUCGACGAAUGGCGAAAGAAAAGGCUCAGAAAAAGAAGAUGAAAAAGAAUCCUAGCACCAAGAAUUGGAUGGACAUGUACAAACAGCUUGCUACCUUUAAAGAGCAGAACAAUGGAUCAAUUGUAGUUCCAUGGAGUAACAAUGACGCAGAUCUCCAACAGCUAGGCUACUGGAUUCGAGACCAAAAGAGAAAACUUCGUACCAACAAAUUAUCUAAGAACCAUGCUGAUCUUCUCCAGUCGAUUGGCAUGGUGUAGAUCAAGCUAAGGGGUUUGCAUGCAUGUCUUAUUUUCUCGCUGCUACCAUUUCUGUUCCUUUUAAAACAGCGCUUCAACAAGGAGCUGUUUUACAAAUCUACAAAUUACUAGGCCGAGAUGACGAUAAGAGGAGAAAUCAACUGAAAACUGCCGCUAUUUUUUGUUUUGCAAGGAAGUGUAGUUGGUUGGUUGAAACAACUUUCCUGGGAUGAAGCAAGACCGAACAUCGAUCAGAAAAGGCCAAAAUCGACAAGGCUUAAUCAAUUCCCUCCUGCUAUAUGGUCAUCUUUUUGAUGACGCGAACAACAAUGAAUUCAAGCUAAUUAU